GGGGAGAAAUCAUGUUUCAAGAAAUAAAAUGAGUAUACAGACGGAUAAUGAAGCAAAAAUGUAUAGACCACAAAAAUACGUUCACCAGCCCAGGGAUAGGAGUAGUGUCAGACGUUCUAGGAUCCAAAGUUGACCAAUGCCGCGACAUCACCUCUGAUCCGUACCGCAGUUUAACUCUGAUGAGCCGCACCGACAAGCAGCAGGUUUGCAAUACGAGCGAGGUUCGCUUGAAGUAGCGUAGUUUUAUGCGUGUCCGUUUUCAAGAUCCAUGUUCUUCUAGACUAGUGUCAGCCCGAAUGACGUGGUCGGCUGGUGGAAUCAUGACCUGCACGGCGCUGAUAAACGGAUGAGGUUUCCGAGCUAAUUCACCAAACAUGUUAGCAAAUGGCAGUGCAUGGAAAACAGUAUCUAUAUUCAGUGUUCUUUUUAUGAGCUAUAGCUAUUAUGUACAGUUAUGUAGAGUUGUUGAGGAAGUUAACCCAUGUGGUGAGUGUGCGUAAAAUCAUCUAUCCGGACUGGCUUUUGAUACGCAGUGGGCUGUCUGUCUUGUCAGCUGCACACAGAACAUAGAGCGGUACCUUAAGUGAAGGCUUCUACAGUGACCGAAAGUUGAAUGCAAAUUGGUCCUCGUUGUCCUUUAGCAAUUCGUCUCCAAUUUUAUGAUGUAAACCGCAGAGGUUUCGGGGUAUGAUUCUGAACCCCAUUCCCUUUCCAUCGACUCCUGGACAAUUGUUUAAUUGGAAUGCUAUUGUGGCAGUCGGUGGCAGGAUAUUGUACAAUAGUUCCCAGCCUGCUAUCCUCUCCCUGAAGUCCCUCUCUUUCCCUGACCAUGGAGAGCCUGAGUGAGCUGCAGAACCCUCUCUUAGACAAGACCAGCAGUAGAAGUAUGGUCCACAAUGACUACCAGGCAUACCAGGAAAACUAUCCCGACUACCAGUACCAGGAGAACAUCCUUGGCUACUUUGUCACAGGGAGCAAUGGCAACACCAAGGCCCAGCAGUUCCUGGAUGCUACCUCGCUGCACUUGGCAGUGGAGGCCCUUUAUGGGCCCAACUUUAUCUUAUACAAAGAUGAUGUCAGCCUCCAGAGCAAGGACGAUAAGAGUGAGAGCUCAGAGACCACCUUCACAGAGAACAAGGACAGUGUAGUGGGGGAGGAGGAAGCCCCUGCAGAGGACCCUCAGGACAAACUACCGGGAGAGAAGGAUGUGAAGAUCCAGACUGUGUCCUAUGAGGUGGAGGAGGAGGGACAGGAGUAUGAGAGUGACAGCUCCAGCUCCAGUGAGAGUGAGGACAAUUUUAUCAUGCUGCCCCCACUGGACCACCUGGGCCUGGCUAUCUUCUCCAUGCUCUGCUGCUUCUGGCCCCUGGGGAUUGCAGCCUUCUACUUCUCCCAGAGGACUAGCAAAGCCAUUGCUAAAGGUGACUUCUUCAGGGCAGGAAGGAGCUCCAGAAGAGCCCUGUUCCUGGCUGCCCUCUCCAUCACCAUCGGAGCAGGAAUGUAUGUGGGGGGAGUGGUGGCUCUCGUAGCCUAUCUGUCCAAGUCUGGCGGACACGUAUAGCACAGGAGAACGGACCUGGGACUCGGUCCCUGCUAUGAAAACCCAACCGGUCCGUUUGUUUAUUUGGGUUUUGGGACAACAGAUGUAGGUGAGAGAAGGUGAACGGCGGCACGGUCUGUGUUUUCAAAUGUUUACCCUGACAAAACAAUAUAAACCUCAGAUUUAUCCAUCCGCACCUGUGUCUCCAUUUCCCAACAACAUACUUACCGUCCUGAUAAGGGUUUUUGAGGUUCACAAAAAAUUAAAAAGGAGAAAAUCUAAAGGGUUUUUCUUGGGAAGAACUUUUAUCCCGCAAUCAAUAUUCUGCUCCUCCAUUGUCCAGAUGUGUGCUGAGGACAUAAAAUGAUAAUAUAGUGCUAUCUAAAUUCCAGAGCUAACCACUUUCACAGAUUUCUAUCAUGAUCAUACAGGCCCCCUUCAUAUAUUUCUCUGUAAAUACUUAUUGUGCUGAGGGUGUUGAUGGUUCUAUUGAUUUCUAUGCCACAGUCAAUGAGUCAUAAAAAAGCGAUCAUUGUAUCUGAAAUGCCACAUCAAGAAAGCUUACUUUAGGGAUUAUUCAUCAAACUGCGCUCCAGCCCAAGACCCAGGAAAUCAACCAUCAGUCAAUAGAAUUUUAAUAAAGAACGUUUCAGAGAAUGUACUUAAAGCUGGUAAGUGGCGGUCAAGAUGCACAUUUAGUUUAUUGUGCACUAUAUACACUGUCAGAAUAAACACAU